AUGCCCGUGCUGUCCGCUCGUGUUCCACGUGCCCUUACUGUCCUCUCACCCGUGGUGUCCGUACCCGGUGCCCCCCGUGUUCCCGUGCUGCCCCCCGUGUUCCCGUGCUGCCCCUCGUGUUCCCGUGCUGCCCCGCUCUCCCCGUGCUGCCCCGUUCUGCCUGUGUUGUGCCCGUUCCCGUGCCGUGUUGCCCCGUUCAGCCCUUGUCCUGCCCCGUUCUUCCUGUGCAGCCCCGUUGUCCCCGUGUUGCCCCGUUCUGCCCGUGUUGCCCCGUUCAGCCCGUGUCCUGCCCCGUUCAGCCCGUGUUUUGCCCUGUUCUGCCCGUGUUGCCCCGUUCAGCCCGUGUCUUGCCCCGUUCUGCCCGUGUUGCCUCGUUCAGCCCCCCGUGUCCUGCCCCGUUCAGCCCGUGUUCUGCCCUGCUCUGCCCGUGUUGCCCCGUUCAGCCCGCGUCCUGCCCCGUUCUGCCCGAGUUGCCCCGUUCAGCCCGUGUCCUGCCCCGUUCUGCCCGUGUUGCCAUGUUCUGCCCGUGCUGCCCCGUUCUGCCUGUUUGUGCCCUACCCGUGCUGUCCGUACCCGUUCGUGCCCCACCCGGUCUGUGCUGCCCGGUCUCGUGCUGCUCGUCACCCCCGUGCGGCCCGUCCCGUACAGCACCUAGUUGCUACCCGAACCCGCUACCCGUACCCGUGCUCCUCGCACACCGUGCACCAGCUGCGGGGCGUUCAACCGCAGCCGGGCACCUGUUCCACCGCGGUGGUUCAGAUGCUGCUUGGUGGUUGCUGCUUGUCACUUUCAGAGGGGGCCCCUUGCUGGUGUUCCCAGGCCCUGUAA